AUGAACGACUGGAACCAUUGGGCAUCGAUAGAGGAAAUUUUUCUGCGUCAGAAAUCAAGAAUCACGUGGCUACAACAGGGCGACCAGAAUUCCUUAUUCUUCUUCAAAAUUGUCCAGGGUAGAACAUCCUACAACAUGAUACGACAGCUCACCUUACCUUCUGGCGAGGUAAUCACUGGCCUCCACAAGAUCAAGGGAACUGCGGCAUCACACUUCGAAAAUUUCCUCAACCAAUUCCCACAAACGGUAGCGUUGACAGACUCAACGCAACUAACUGACCUUUUGGAUUUCAGAUGCCCGGAUCACACAGCACAGCUGCUUACUCAUCCUAUUUAUGAAGCUGAGAUUCGCAAUAUUAAAGGUGCUACUACUGGAGCUGAUCGAACCGAAUCAGUGCGCUUUUGUCAAAGGCCGUCUCCUGCUCGAAAAUGUCUUGCUUGCUACGGAACUCGUCAAGAACUAUCACAAGGAAUCAAUACAGCCACGAACGUCCUCAAGCUGGAUAUUUCAAAGGCUUUCGACUCUGUAAACUGGGUUUUCAUCACGAGUACACUUCGAGCAUUGGGUUUCCCGGAAAUGUUCAUUCACUGGAUCCACACAUGUCUAUCCACUGCCACAUUCUCUGUUUCUGUUAAUGGUGAACUGGAGGGGUUUUUUGGAAGUGAGCGUGGCUUGCGACAAGGAUGCGCUCUGUCUCCGUAUCUGUUCGUCAUUGCCGUAAAUGUGUUGUCACGAAUGUUAAACAAGGGAGCUCUCUCUCAGCGAUUUGGGUUCCAUCCUCACUGCAGGAAGGUAAAUCUUACUCACCUGAGUUUUGCGGAUGAUCUUAUGAUUUUCACAGAUGGUGCAGUGGAGUCCCUUAAGGGGAUAUUCGAAAUUCUAACUGAGUUUGAAGGUCUCUCCGGUCUGGUUAUAAACCCGGCAAAAUCCUCUAUCUUCAUGGCUGGCCGGAUUAGUCAGGAGUUCAAGGACGAGGCUCAUCGACUAGGUAUUCCUACUGAUUCCCUACCGGUGCGAUAUCUAGGACUGCCACUCACAACGAAAACAAUGACCAAAGCAGACUACGAGCCACUCAUUGAUCAGAUUCGUACUCGAAUGGUUUCUUGGUCUAGUAGAUGCCUCUCAUAUGCGGGACGGUUACAACUUGUAAAAACGGUCAUUGGGAGCAUUACAAAUUUCUGGUGCUCGGUUUUUCGACUACCAAAGACCUGUCUCAAUACAAUCGAGGGGAUGUGUGCUGCUUUUCUAUGGUCUGGAUCACCGAAUACACACACAAAGGCAAAGGUUGCGUGGGAGGAUAUUUGCCAACCAAAAGAUGAGGGCGGUUUGGGUAUUAGACGACUAACGGAUACUUCAAGGGUCUUCGCUCUAAGUUUGAUUUGGAGGUUACUCACAAACUCUGGUUCUUUGUGGGUGGCUUGGACGAAGGCUUACUUGUUAAAAACUCAUAGUUUAUGGGAUACCAAUGGCAACCACGCAGGAUCUUGGAUUUGGCGAAAACUCCUGAAGCUCAGGGACCAAGCAGCACCUUUCUUGAAAUCGGAGAUAGGAAAUGGUAAGGGUACCCUAUUCUGGUAUGACAACUGGUUACCGGUGGGUAGACUUAUUGACAUUGCAGGUGCUUUAGGAACGCAAGUGUUAGGCAUCUCCCGCUAUGCAACCGUCUCAGACGCUGCCUCUGGGGGACAAUGGAACAUACGUCGGUGUCGAGGCUAUCACCUACGGGCGAUGAUAUCCUGCAUCAACUCUGUUCCAGCUCCAGCGGAGGAUGCGGAUGAGGAUAGGACUCUAUGGCGUCACGGAGAUGGGGAAUACAAAGAGAAAUUUUCGAGCACCAAAACAUGGGAGCAAUUACGGGGUUCAUACCCCAAAUUACAAUGGUGUAAAGUUGUUUGGUUCCGACAAAGCAUCCCACAUUUUUCUUUCAUCACUUGGUUGGCUUUUAAGGAUAGGUUGGCGACAGGAGCGAGAACAAGAGCUUGGGGUAUUGUUCAACCUUGCCUCCUAUGUGGAGAACCGGACGAAACUCGCGACCACCUAUUCUUCGCAUGCCCUUUCUCCUUUACGGUUUGGCUCGACCUGGUGGGGUUCAUACUGGGACCAAAUGCAAAUCAUGACUGGACAACAACUAUCACCUCCAUCACCUCUAAUCGAAGGAAAGAGACGGAUAGAUGCUUGUUGAAGCUUGCCCUCCAGGCAAGCAUUCAUAGCAUAUGGCGUGAGCGGAACAGCAGGAGACACAACAACAAUCCUACCAGCACUGGGCAGUUGGUUCACUACAUCGACAAAACAAUUAGAAACAGGUUAUCUUCCCUCAGGCAAAGAAAUCCUACCUUCUAUGCCGAAACAAUUCAGAGAUGGUUCGAAAGGACAUCUUGA